AUGGCUGUGAGACGUGCCAAUAGCCUAGCCAAGAGUCUUCAGUUCAAUUCUGUUAAAAGAGAACAUUUCCUAGACUUUAUGAAAAAGCUUUUGGAAAGAGGUCAUGCUGAAAUAGCACCACCUUUGAAAGAAAAUGAAGAAUGUUGGUAUCUUCCAGUGUUUGGAGUGUAUCAUCCAAAGAAACCUAGUCGUAUCAGGUCAACUAAGCCAGAGCAAUGGAAUUAUGUUCCUACAUCUGUGAAUCCAGCUGAUCGAGCAACUCGCUCUAUGGUGAAUGAUUUCUCGUGUAAUGACAUAUGGCUGAAAGGACCUGAAACAUUCCUGAGUAGGCGUCAUGAUCUUGCUCAAGAAACUCCACAGCUAGUUCAACCAGAAGAUGAUAAGGAAGUAAGGCCAGAUGCUCUGAGAUGUGCAUGUGCCAAAUCAUUUAAAGGUAGAGCUGAUAGAAGUGUAGAGUCUUUCAGAAAAGCUGAAAUAUUUGUGAUCAAAGCAGUUCAAAAGGAAACUUACAAAGAAGAAAUUAGACUUCUUGAAGCAAAAAUGCAUCUUCCAAAAUCUAGCUCGAUUAUGGCUCUCAACCCGUACUUAGAUGAAGAUGGUGUGUUAAGGUACGUCACUAUCACCAAAGUGUUCGACACCAAGGACGUCAUCUUACAGAAGGAGCUGUUAGAUCUGGUGGAUAUUGGAUUACAGUGUAGAAAGUUACGAGGUAAAGAAGAAGUCCAGUUGAUGAGUGAUCUACCAGCAGAUCGCUUAGAACAUACUCCACCCUUUACCAAUGUUGGAGUUGAUGCUUUUGGACCUUGGACUAUAACGACACGCAGAACUCGUGGUGGAUCAGCAAAUUCUAAACGGUGGGCUAUUUUGUUCACUUGUCUUACAACAAGAGCAAUACACAUUGAGUUGGUAGAAGAAAUGUCCUCUUCAGCUUUUAUUAAUGCACUUAAAAGAUUUGAAGCUCUCAGAGGUAAAGUUAAACUGUAUAGAUCUGACCGAGGAACCAACUUUGUUGGUGCAACUGAUAGCCUCAAGAUAGAUGCAGUAAAUGUGGAAGAAAAGAAGAUAGUAGACCAUCUGUACCAAACAGGCACUAAAUGGAUCUUCAACGCUCCCCAUUCAUCGCACAUGGGAGGUGUAUGGGAACGCCUCAUUCGAAUCUGCCGGAAGAUCUUAGAGUCAAUGCUAGCUGAAACUCCUUAUAAAACUUUGACGCAUGAAGUGUUAUCAACCUUCAUGGCAGAAGUAUGUGCCAUAGUGAACAAUCGACCAAUAGUAAACGUAUCAACUGAUCCAGAAAACCUUUUCAUCUUGUCACCUGCCACCAUUCUUACUCAGAAAGUUGGAAUAGACCAUGUAGAAGAUUCAGUAGGAGAAAUUGAUACAAAAGACCUUUUGAAAACAGAAUGGAAACGUGUUUCUGCCCUCUCAGAAAUAUUUUGGAAUCGUUGGAAAAAAGAAUAUCUGCACACACUCCAAGAACGUAGAAAAUGGUGUUGUGCAAAACCUAGUCUCACUGAAGGUGAUGUUGUGUUAUUGAAAGACAGAAGUGUUUGUCGUACACAAUGGCCAUAUGGAAUUGUUGUAAGAGCUAUCCAAAGUGAAGAUGGCAAAGUAAGGAAAGUGGAGUUAAAGGUUAUGAGAGAUGGAAAGCCAGUUGUGUACACAAGACCAAUUUCAGAGUUAAUUCUUUUGGUUUCUGGUGCUAAGUAG